AUGACGUCCGAUCAAGAAGCUAUGACUAUGCGAGCUAACCAGCUCACGGAUGAGUCCUUGGACGCAACCAGGAGAAUGGUGGCUCAAAUGGAAGAAUGUCAGGAUUAUGGCAUCAGAACUCUGGUAGCACUUGAUGAGCAGGGCGAACAACUGGAACGUAUAGAAGAUGCUAUGAAUACGGUAAAUAAAGACAUGCGCGAUGCAGAAAAGAACCUGGCUGGUCUGGAGAAAUGUUGCGGUCUAUGUGCGUGUCCUUGGCAAAAGGGGAAAACACCUCCAAAAGACGACGAAUACAAAAGGAUCUGGAAGAAGAAUCAGGACGGGAAGGUUGUUUCCAGUCAGCCGAUGAAUGUUGCUGAUGACAGAAAUGCGGUAACAAUCGGCGGACCGAUGAUAAAGAGAGUCACCAAUGAUGCACGCGAAGAUGAGAUGGAGGAAAAUCUCGGACAGGUUUCAUCAUGCAUCAACAACCUGAAACAUAUGGCCUUGGAUAUGAACAACGAAAUCAACUCGCAAAACGUUACUGUGGAAAGGCUCAACGCGAAGGUGCACAACAACAACGACCGUAUCAAGGCUGCUAACCAGCGUGCUAUUACUCUAUUGAACAACUAA